GGCCGUGUUCAGUCAAACUGGGAGGCGUUUCAUUGUAUGAUUGCCUUGUUACGUUAAAACUGGUACAUCAGAUAUUUUUUCUAGACACUUGAAAAUAUAAACAUGGGUACUUGGAUGCAUCUUUGGACGAUGUUAUGUUCUUGCUUUUUUGCUUCACACACUACUCACUCGUUCAUCUUGACUCAGUCACCGGGACUCACACACGUCUCAGUCGGUGGUUUUGUAGAAUUAAGAUGUAUGUUUGAGCAGAGCGUUCAGUACUGCUAUAGCUCUGCUGCAUGGGAAAAGCUGAAUCUGCGGACUGGAAAACUCAUGACAGUGAGUACUAACCAUGAGAAUAUUGUUCGAAAACCUGAUGGAAAAACUUGCAUUUUAACUCUUAUUAACUUAACCAAGAAAGAUUCAGGCAUGUACUAUUGCAUUAGUCAUUAUAACCAUAUGGCUGUGGUCGGCAACGGGAGCAGGGUGAUCGUAACAGAUCGUUCUGAACCAAAACUAUCCAUCUUAUACACACCACAAGAAACUGACUCGCCAUCGGUAGAGUAUCAUCUGCAGUGUCUCGUGACUGGACGUGUCCCGUCUCAGGUGCGUGUGUUCUGGAGGAUUGGAGAGAAUGAGCGUGCUGGAUGGACCGAGUCCGGCUGGACAGACAACACUGAUUCAGCCUCAGAAUUCACACGAGCUCAUCUCUCUGUUCCUGCAGAGGAGUGGAAUGAAGCUGAUGAAAUUCAGUGCUUUGCUGAAUAUGAUGGCAAAGCCAUCUACAAAACUCUGGCGCGAAGCGGACCUAAACCUGAAAUCUACUCGUGGCUUGUGAACGCCGGCUGUGCGGCAGCGCUUCUGACCAUACUUAUAACUGUCAUUAUGGCUGUGGGAUUAUACAGAGAUAUGUUGAUGACCAAAAAAUCCAGACGGCUCACAAGAAAAGAUGCCCAUCGCAAAAUUUCAUAUGGUAAAUAGAACACACUGAGAGAAGAGAGUUCAUCUGCUAUGUGUUUCUCUGGGGAUCUCAUCAGUCAUGGACAGGAUGUUGGUCCAUCAAAAGAAUAAAGUGUGGAGAAGAAAAUGUUGGAGUAUGCUAAAAAAAGCAAAAUACUAAAAUAAAAGUUCAGAAAUUGAUUAUAUUGUUAUAUAUUGUUUACUCAUAUAUCUUAAAACAGUGGAAUCGCCUGUUCUUCUUUUUUAUAAUGUCCAUGGUCAUGAAUAUUUAUUAGUUAUGAACUGUUUUUUAUAUGUUUUUUUUUUAAGUUUGAUAUUUAUCUUAUUUUCUUUCUAAUAAAAAUUUGUCCUCUUGAAAAUGGGUUUAAUUUUGGCCCUCUGUAGGCCUUCACCAUUUCCAGACAGGUAUACAUAUAAUUUUAUAAUAUCAUUUUCUGUUGAAGAAUCCUAUCAAAGUUUCUACAGUACAUGAAGCAGCACAACCAUUUUCAACACUGAUCAUAACAGUAAAUGUUUCUUGAGCAGCAAAUCAGCAAAGUAGAAUGAUUUCUGAAAAUUUUGUCCUACAUCCCUUACGUGUGCAACUUUUCCUUGCAAAAGUGGCCCAUGCAUCAAAUUAAAAUUCAUCUUAUAAUAAUGUUCAUUUUUGUUAUUAACAAAAUAAUAAUGCAGGCAUUGCCAAGCAACAUAUAUUUGAGAUUGUUGUCAUAUUUGAUUUUUUUUUUUUUUUUUUGUGAUGGUCUGAAAACCCACAGUGUAAGAAACAGGAAAAUGUAUUCUUGCUGUAGCCUUCAUACUCUCUUUUGACAGCUUGUGGUUAGACAAAAGCUGCAUAACAGGAUGUUAGAAGAGACAAGGGUCUUAUGAAACAGAAGUGAAAACCUACUUUCACUGCCCAUUUUGCUGCAAAAAAAGUUCUGUUACAUGCACUGUGGGUUUUUAAAUCAUCACAAAAAAAAGUCAUAUGAUAUGACAACAAUCUCAAAUAUAUGUUGCUUGCAUUAUUAUUUUAUUAAUAAUCAAAGGCAUAAUUCAAAGAGUUUCAUAUCAAAGCCUAAGUAAUGAAAGAUUUCAUUGGCAUUACUCAAGCUUUGAUAUGAAACUGUAUGAAUUAUGCUUUUGUAUUGUCAUAUAAUGUUCUCCUUCCCUCCAUCCCUACUGUAUGUAAAUAACCACACUAAGAGUGUUAUGAAAUAUGAUAAAUAAAUACAAUCUGCAAAUAAAAUUAGUCUACACAUCUGUAUUAACAAAGCAUUCAAAAUAAAAACAUUAUGAAUAUUAUGGAAAAUGGGUUAAUGUUGACAUAUAAAGUUGAAUAAGAGCAAAAUUGUAAGCUUCUCUUUUGUAUUAUGCAGAUUUAUAGAUUUUAGGGUUAGGAUUAGUGAAUGUAAACUCUGAAUUAAGAAAGCGAUAUCAUUUUUGUAUUUGUAAUUGUAUGAUGUGUAUUUAAGGUGUAUGUUUUUUUAUGAUUUCCAUUUAUAUUGGUAAAUUUUCAUACUUAAAUGAAUAGGCUUAUUUGACCCCAAAAAGAAAAUCUGUCAUGAUUUACUUACAUAACCCUGUAUGAUUAUGCUCAACAAUGUUAAACAACACUGCAUGGACAAAAUACAUUCCACAGGAGAAAGCAAAUCAUUUUUCAUUUUCAUUUUUGGGUGACCUUGACAUUGCACACAGAUGCAUCUGUCUGAAGUGGAGGGUGGAGAAACAGUACUGUCAGUUUCUGGGUGAAGGUGUGGGUGUUGAGCACUGGCCGUUCUUACACCAUGCUGCUCUUCAUCUCACACCGGUGCGGUUAGAUCAAAACAAGUGACUGCAUCCAGACUGUACAAAGAUUUUCAGAAAGCAGAGAGUUAACCGGCAAGAAGAACAGCUUCUCAGCUUGCAAUGGAAAACACAAACAAAUCCAUUAAAAGAAUUGGGGGGAAAAAGUCUGCAAAAAUAAGGCACAAUGUAUUCAUUUUUCAGUAUUGACUUUUUAUUUUAUAUGCAUUUUGAAAUUUGCACUUCAUUGCAUGUAAAGGUCUGUAAAAUUAAUGGAUAAUGUCUUGGCAAAAAAUUAUCAGCAUAUUUAUUUUCUAAAUGUACAGAACAGAAUACAGAGCUAUAUGAACAGAGUACAGAAUACAUAUGACCUUAGAACUACAUCAAACAUUAUCAGUGGUGAGAUUAAAGCAAUAUCAAAUCAAAACCACUUCAACGAUAUAUGAAACAUGAAACAGUUUAUAAGAGCUACCUUGCAGCCUGUUUGCUAAAACGAUAUUACCAUCAUAGUAAGUUGCUUUAACUUCGUACAGUGUCUCUGAUUCGCAGCAUAAAUAGAUCUUUCCUCCACUGUUGCUACAGGAAGGGCCACCCUCUGGUGAGUUUUUUUCCUUGCGGUUUCAAUCAAACUCUUGC